ACGGCGUAAAUCCCUUGUACACAUUCCAAUUUUUCUGGGGCAUGAUCCGUUCUCAUUUCUUAUAUAAUGCCAUUUUCUUAAGCCUUAUAAACACACAAAUACACAAAUCACAAUUCAGAAAAAGAUUCAAAUAUGAGCAGCGAUCAUCAAGAUACUCGUGGCUUCCAGCCACCCUCCGCCACCGUCCAACUCACCGGAAACAACCCCUCUGGCUUCAACACAUUACGUCUCCCCCAGACCCCAUCCCCAAAGUCACCCGCCGGAAAAACUACCAGCCCAGAAUCACGCAUUGCCGCCGCUCUUGGCCACGCAAUCUUCACCAUUCCCUCAACUUCUUUCCAAGAUGCAGUGGCAGCCACCACCACCACCACAACCGCCGUCGAUAACCACAACCCACUUCGCCGAACCACCUCCGACACCAGUUCUUCUUUCAAUCAAGAUCUUUCGACAAUCACCACCACCGCACCUCCUACUUUGCCGGAGCCAACAAGAAAAAUCAACCCACUUCGCCGGACACUUUCCGAUCCAUUUUCCGAGUAUCAACCACCGCAGAAGACCAGAACACAGCCGUCAAGAAUCUCCCCAUCCCCAAAUCAAAAAACAACGCCACCACCGGAGUCUUCCAUCCGAAAACAGAGCCCUAUAACUGAGAGAUUGAGGAAAAUGGAAGAUAUGGUUAGGGAGAUUGGACGAACUUGUUGGGAUGCUAUGAGUCAAUCUCAAGAACAUGUUGAAGAUGAAAUCCCCACUGAUCAGGCGACGGCGGAGCAAGAGGAAUGUAUAGGGGUGGAUCGGCUGAGCGACGGUGGUUUAAGAAUCCGGUUGGAUUGUUCAUGUGGGAAAGGCUUUGAACUCUUGCUUAAAGACAAUGACUACUGUUUUUACAGAUUGACUUAGAUUCAUUUCAUUGUUGUGAUUUUGUAAUUCAUUUUGUUGAUCGAGUAGAGAAUAAUAAUCCAUUCAUUUGGG